UGUUUUUAAUUGAAUCCGAUCGUGCGCAGGAAAUCGCCCCGAUCUGCUCGGAGCUGCUUUCCGUCUCCCUUCACCGCUUUGUUUGGCAGUCGGGGAAAAAACAACAAGACGGACAUGUAGAACAAUCCCAGCUCCGAGUCUGGCUAGUCUCCGUGACUAGCUAGUUAGCUAACGCCAAAAGGAAAGCUGAACACGGGUAACAGAGUCGGACUUGUUUCGCGUUAGGACGCGUUACCCUGCUGACUUCGCUGUAACUUGUUCUCCCAGUGGGGCAUUUAAAACACGCCAAGCCCGUGUUUUACCUCCACGAAGCUUCUCCAUAAUGCCCAUUUUUCCUCACUAAAUUAUUAAAAGUGUUCGCUAAAAAAAGCCCUGCAUUGCCCAUGGGAAUACAGGUCACGGCAAAAACCACAAAGACGCGGCAUCCGUGCGAGCUACCCACCCAAUCCCCGCUGCCUGUGGCAUCUACUACUUCGAGGUGAAGAUUGUCAGCAAAGGGAGAGAUGGGUACAUGGGCAUUGGACUGUCCGCCCAGGGGGUCAACAUGAACAGACUGCCGGGGUGGGACAAACACUCCUACGGUUACCAUGGUGACGAUGGGCACUCCUUUUGCUCCUCAGGGACUGGCCAACCAUAUGGGCCUACCUUCACGACGGGUGAUGUGAUUGGCUGCUGCGUGAACCUAAUCAACAACACGUGUUUCUACACUAAGAACGGACACAGCUUAGGUGUGGCAUUCACAGACCUCCCGCCCAACUUGUAUCCUACAGUGGGGCUACAGACUCCUGGAGAGAUUGUAGACGCAAACUUUGGCCAGCAUCCUUUUGUGUUCGACAUCGAGGACUACAUGAGCGAGUGGAGGGCAAAGAUCCACAGCAUGAUUGCUCGUUUUCCCAUCGGAGAGAGACUUGGAGAGUGGCAGACAGUACUGCAGAAUAUGGUAUCCAGCUACCUGGUGCAUCAUGGGUACUGCGCUACUGCCAUGGCCUUUGCCCGAGCCACAGAGACUAUGAUACAAGAGGACCAGACCUCCAUAAAGAACAGACAGAGAAUACAGAAGCUUGUAUUGGAAGGUCGUGUUGGAGAGGCCAUCGAAGCCACACAUCAGCUGUACCCCGGACUCCUAGAACGCAACCCCAAUUUACUCUUCAUGUUGAAGUGUCGGCAGUUUGUGGAGAUGGUAAAUGGUACAGACAGUGAGGUACGAUGCUUUAGUGUCCACCCCCCUAACACCCAGGACAGUUGUUCCGGUUCCCCAAGCCUUAGCCCCCGGCAUGGAGCCACCAACCCCCACCUGCACAGCACAGGAGCAGACAGUCCAACAUGCAGUAACGGUGUGACGCCUUCUAACAAGAACAAGGGCCACACCAAAUACCCAGGAGCUGGCUCCGCCUCUUCUUCCCCUUCCUCCUCACCCUCUUCUGUCAAUUAUUCUGAGUCCAACUCUACAGACUCCACCAAAUCCCAGCCACACAGCACCACCAGCAACCAGGAAACCAGUGAUAGUGAAAUGGAGAUUGAGGCAGAACACUACAGUAACGGAGUGGCCGAGAAUUCCUCCACUCGCAUCAUGAAUGGCACCUACAAACACCAGGAGAUCAUGCAGGGGGAUGACAACAGCGUAGGCAAUGGAGUAGCAGAAGACAGCUGUGGCUCGAGGCAGCUGUGUGGAGGUAACCAGGCUGCCACGGAGCGCAUGAUCCAGUUUGGCCGUGAGCUGCAGUCACUCAGUGAGCAGCUCUCACGCCAGUAUGGCAAGAACACCAUGCAUAAGAAGAUGCUACAGGAUGCAUUUAGUCUACUGGCAUACUCUGACCCAUGGAACUGCCCAGUGGGCCAGCAGCUGGACCCCACGCAGAGAGAAGCCAUCUGCUCCGCUCUCAAUAGCGCCAUCUUGGAGUCUCAGAAUUUACCCAAGCAGCCCCCAUUGAUGUUGGCGCUGGGGCAGGCCACUGAGUGUGUGCAGCUCAUGGCACGUGUGCGCUCCGGCUCCUGCUCAUUUGCCAGAGUCGACAACUUCUUGCACUAGCCCAAGUCCAGGCAAAGUUCAGUACAGUUAAGAAGAGGACUUUCCAGCCGGUUGCCAUGAAGAACACGCUUUGUUUGAAAACCGUGCAUUCACUUGCCGCAGGCAGUUCGGAUGAGAAAUGACUAGAAACAUGGAGGAGAGGCUUCUUUUUAAUUUAGUAUUAUUAAAUACAAACUGUGUGACACUAUUUAAAGGCAAUUAAUUAUUAUUCUGUUUAUCUAGUCCUUUUUAUUUUAGUUUCUAUUAUUAUUAUUUUUUGUCAGUUUGUUGUGCUCGCCUCGACAUUGAACCAGAAUUCCCUUUGUUGUUUUUAAUGGGUGGAUUCAGUGCAUAGUAUUCCAGACACUUACACACCAUAUCGAGAGUAAUACAUAGCAGUAAAGUCUUCAAAUUAUAAGAAGCAGCAAAACACCUCCCUUUUUCAGAUCUCAGGUAUUUCCGACACGUGUCAUUUAGCAUGUAGAAUGAGGUAUUGCUACAGCCAGCAAUACUGUGACUACUCAGUAAGGCUUUUCUUACAUACAGUAUGUAUGUGUAUAUGUGUGUGUGUGUGUAUGUGUAUAUAUAUAUGUAUAUAUAUAUAUAUAUAUACACACACACACACACGCACACAUUCAUUCAUUCUGGCUACUUCAUCACAGGUCUUUAUUUUUUUGUUGUGUUUUUUGUUGUUUUUUUGCCGACGGUGCACAGUUCCCAUGUGUUUUUCCUCCAAGCUUAUACUUCACCUCAGGCACCAGCACUAGCUUUUUAUUAGAUGCGACUCGUUCAGAUGCAUUGCAUGGCAAACCCAGACUUGCUAAGUAUUUUAUUUCCAAAGCUCGGGUCUCUCUCACUUUAAAACAUAAAAACGCUUUUAUUUUAAUGCUGAUCUUUAUAGAAUACACUUCAGAAAUGAUGUAAACCUCCCACUUUUAUUGCUUUUGGUCAGCUUUAUUGAAAUUUAACCUGGGGGUGUGGCUAUGUGGGUGGCUGCAAUGAAUAAAAAUAUGAAGUUUUUUGUUAA